ACGGGUGGAAUUUCACUUCCUGUCUCACUAACCAGGUGAGGGAAGGGUGAGUCACUUGGCCCGUGUCGUCACACGCCAUAGCCCUUUGAAGAGCUCAAAUUUUGGAGUCUUUAAGUUACGAAAGUAUCACGGACGGUGAGGUUGACCAGGACUUUAAUUUUUGUGGAUUUUCUUCUGUUGUAGUUGUAAAUUGCUGAAAAGGUAACCCUUUCGUGUUCAUUCUUCGCGGCCUAAAACUCCCAGGAAGACAUUGUUUGUUAGUUAUUGCCAUCGGUUUCGCUACAGGUGGCGCUAGGAAUCCUAUUUUAAAUUGUAGAAAGACUUUAUUUAUUUGUUUUUAUAAUUAUGUAUCCAUGUCUGCCGGUGCUGCUUCUGAUACUUUGGGGGCGCGCCUCCGGUCAGGCGACUGGCGAGGAUUGUUUGGCCCAAUUUAAGAAAGGCCGGGAGGGUUUUGUGCUGGACGCCGAUGAGUCCGUGAAAGACGGGGCCACCUUCAUUUCGUCCCCACAGCUGAACGGCCACAGAGAUUGCGUGGCGGCCUGUUGCAAGGAGCCCAAGUGCAAUGUGGCCCUUAUGGAGGGGGGUUCUGAGGAGAACGCAAUCAAAUCCUGCUUCCUUUUUGACUGCCUAUACAAGAAGAAAUACGUCUGUCGCUUCGUCAGGAAGAAAGGCUACUACAAUUAUAUCCUUGACUCUGUCUAUGAGAGCUACCUGGAGAUAGAUGUCCCACCAAAGGAAACUGAUCGUCCCCCGGUGGCCAACGGAGGUCAGGACCGUGUGGUGCAGCCUCAGGACAGAGUGACACUGAACGGCUUGGAAAGCAAAGAUGACCAAGGGAUCGCGUCCUAUAUGUGGAAAAUGCUCACUGAGUAUCCCUAUGCUGUCAUUGAGAAAACAAACUUUCCAGACCAGAUAAUUGUGUCCAAUCUGACGUCGGGAAUGUACAAAUUCCAGUUGACUGUCACAGACACUAUUGGUCAGUCGGAUUCCACCAAGGUCACUGUUCUGGUUCUUACAGCUGAACAAUCGGAACAUCACUGCAUGGCUCCAAAGAAGAUUGGACCAUGUCGUGGUGCUUUCCCUCGGUGGCACUACAAUGCAGCUUCGGAGAAGUGUGAGGAGUUUGUGUUUGGGGGCUGCAGGGAAAACCUGAAUAACUAUCUUUCCAAGGAUGAGUGCACAAACGCAUGCUAUGGGACAGAGAAAAGGGGUAGUAGUAGAGGCUUACCACUUCCAGAUCAAAAAGAAAAAUGUGGUGUUGCAUGCACUGCAGAGCAGUUCACAUGUGCAAACGGCUGCUGUUUGGAACCAGGCUUGGAGUGUGAUUCAACUGCUCAAUGUAGCGAUGGCUCUGAUGAACAAAAAUGCAAUGACUUGGACAACACUUUUCAGAUUUUGCUGCAGAUUCCGGUGGAUGAGCAAAAAGUGCGCUGCACUGAGCCUCCACACACAGGCAGUUGCAGGGACACUCUCACUAAAUGGUACUACAAUCCUCUCCACCAAGACUGCUUUCGCUUUAACUUUGGUGGUUGCCAGGGCAACGAAAACCGAUUUGACCGUAAGGAGGCCUGUAUGAAGUUCUGCAGAGGGGUGACAGAAAAAGAUGUGUUUGCCCGAAAACAGGAGUUUGAGCGCAGAGUGGCUGACAGUCAGACGGGUGUCAUAGCAAUAGCUGCCGUCCUGGCUAUAGCUAUUGUCAUCCUCUUGGGAAUUCUCUUGUAUUGCUUCAUGAAGGGAAAGAAGAAGUCCUCGCAACACCACCGCGUGCCUGUCAACAACGCUCCACUCACCACCAUGGAAGACAGGGAGCAUCUUGUCUACAACAGUACCACAAAGCCCAUCUGACCCCAAAUCUGCCAUUUAUUGAACGAACUCUGAUGAGAGGCAUGCGUGCGUGUGUGAAGUUUUAAAGGAAACGUGUAUGUGAUGUUUAAAUAUGUGAUUUUCAUUCAGUUUGUUUUAACAUUGUCUCGUUAACUAACAGUUCCUUUUUAGUUUGGACAGAGAAUUUGUCAUUUCAUCUGUUAGAUUACCUCUGUAUAAUGGACCUAAUUUACCCAGUGUUCAUAACGGUCUGUUACUUCAAAGUCUACAUUAUUAAAAGGGAAUGCUUGUUUUAUAUAACACUACUAUCUGACAUUUCCUGUCAGAUGUUUUCUUUUACUUUGUGGCUUCCUUGGAUAAUAUGAAUAAUUCGUAGUCUUCCUUUAAAUAGUUUUUUAGAAGGAAUGCCGUUUUGUGUUUCAAUGUUUUCUUAACAAGCAUAAUUCAUCCCUAAAUAAAGCUCACUUGCGUGUAACUUGA